AUGGUAGCCCUUCAACUCAACAUCGACUGGAAGUCGCAUCGACGCGCCAUCGCCUACUGUUUGGUGGCCGCCAUCGGUGCCCUUUGCUACGGCUAUGAUACGAUCUACUACACCGGGAUUCAGGGUAUGGUAUGGUUUGCCAAGGACUAUGGCGUGAAAACCGCAGAAGGCUCCUACGAGCUUGCAACAACCUUCCUGUCGGUGUCGGCCAGUAUCAUCUACGUGGGAGAGUUCGUCGGCGCUUUUCUUGCCGCUCCUAUCAACGACCUUUUCGGCCGACGUUCCGUCUUUCUGACGGCAUCUCUGUGUAUCGUUGUCGGUGCCAUCGUGCAAGUGUGCUCCUUUAGCUCUGCUCCAGUUUUCUAUGUCGGCCGCGUCCUGGUUGGUCUAGGCAUCGGGCAAUUCACUGCUACUUGUCUUAUGUACAUUGGAGAGGUGGCACCCUCUGCCAUCAGAGGUCCGGCUCUCAUGUGCUUCCAAUUCAUGCAGUCCGUCUCUCAAUUGGUCGGAGCCUGUGUAAACGAAGGCACCAAAGACAUCGCCAGCGCUCAAUCCUAUCGCAUCCCCAUGGCCCUCCUGGUUGUUCUUCCCGGGAUCAUGCUCUUGUGCCUGCCAUUCACCCCCGAAACUCCAGUGUGGUACAUGUACAAAGACAAGCGUGAGAAAGCCAUCAAGGCUCUCCGCAAGAUCAACCGCAGCUAUCCGGACUACGACCCCACAACGGACAUCCAAGCCAUCGACGACCAAGUCCAAACGGAGCGCGAAAUGGCCAAGAAUGCCAGUUGGAUCUCCCUCAUCACAGACCCCGUCGAGCGCCGGAAACUCUUCUACGCCUGCGGCGUCAUGUUCGUCCAGCAGAUCAACGGCAUCCAGUUCUGGUACACGUACGGCGUGGUCUUUGCGCAGUCCAUCGGCGUUGCCUCUCCCUUCACCAUUAACAUUGGCAUUUACGUCCUGCAAAUCGUCACGGUGGGCGUCGCAGUGAUUUUCGGCAACAAGAUCAAGCGGCGCACAAACCUCCUCGUCUGCUCGUGCGGUAUCUUUGUCUCUCUCAUCGCCGUCGGCGGCCUCGGCACCACCCGGUUACCAGACGGGUCCUUCAGCCGCGGCGUGGGGAUCGGCAUCGUUGUCCUCGCGUACUGCAACAUUGUCUUCUACAACUUCUCCAUCGGUACACUGUCUUACAUGAUCGCGUCGGAAAUGUCCGUCGGCCGCAACAGGAACAAGAUCACCGCGUGCGCUAUUGGCACCUUCUUCUUCACCGUCUGGCUCAUGGUCUUCACCAGUCCCUACAUGUACUACACGGGUAACCUGGGACCGAAGAUCGGGUUUGUAUAUGGAGGGACAACCCUCUUCUUGCUGGCGUACUCGUGGUUCUGUGUUGGCGAGACGGCGGGUCGCAGCAAUGCGGACAUCGAGAGACUCUUCCAGGACCGGGUUCCUGUACGUGAGUGGGCAACUUAUGUGAUCCCUAGUGAUGAGACGGUUAUUCAGAAGAAAGGCGCGGAGGACGAGCAGGUUGAGAUGGCAUGA